ACGGUCAUGGGCGCAGCCUGACGGCCCGAGCGCGGGGGUAGGACCCAAGGGGCGGCGGCAGCUCAGCUCCUCCUUUCCCGGAAUCUUGCAGCGAUCGCGGCGGGAGGGAGGCGGACGGGCGGGCGGACGAACCCGUUCCCCUGCCGCGGCUUUGGCCAUUGGAAUCAUCCCCCGUCGGAGGCCGUCGCGGCUCGCUCGGUGCGCGCGGCCCCGCUCUCCGGGCUGCGGCGGUGCGGAUCCCCCGCGGGGGGGAGCGGAGCCCACCUCGCAGGAGCGGCCGUGAAGACCCCGCGGGAAGGGCGGAGGAGGCGCUCCCGGCCCCGCUCUCUAUGAGCAGCCGCGCGGGCGGCGGGGCCCGGGGAUGGCGAUAGACCGGCGGCGCGAGGCCGGCGGCGGGGGACGGCGUCAGCCCCCGCCGGGGGAGAAUGGGUCCCUGCCGCCCGGGGAGGCCGAGGAGGCGGCGGCGGCGGCGGCGGCCGUCAUCCCCGGGGCCGCGGCGGGCGUCGACGGAGGGGAGAUCCAGUCCGUGCCGGCCCAGUCGUCGUCGGCGGCGGCCCCGGCCCUCCCGGGGGGCGGCGGCGGCGCGGCGCCCAGCGCACUGCUCGUGGACUACGACGCGUCCGUGCUGCCCCUGCUCGGCGGGCUGGGCGGCGGCUACCAGAAGACGCUCGUGCUGCUCACCUGGAUCCCCGCGCUCUUCAUCGGCUUCAGCCAGUACUCGGACUCCUUCCUGCUGGACCAGCCGCACUACUGGUACCGGGGGGCCCGCCAGGGGGCCGGGCCCGGGGCGCCCAAGCUCACCGCCGUCCCCGGGAACUGGACCGGACCGCCCCCGCCCUUCUCCCCCACCCCGUACUGGGGGCCUCCGCCCACCGACGGCAGGCUCCCCGCGGGCGACACGGUGCCCCUGAACCCCCCCGCGGACGACGACACCGCCGCCAACUCCUCCAACUGCCAGUGCCACCAUUGGCACUACCGGAUCCGAGCCGGCUUCGUCCAACAUGUGGUCAGCAAGUGGGAUCUUGUAUAUGAUUCAGCCUGGAAGGUUCACAUUGCUAAAUUCUCCUUGCUGGUUGGACUAAUUUUUGGCCAUCUGGUAACGGGAUGUAUUGCUGACUGGUUUGGUGGGCGUCCUGUGUUGUUGUUUUCCAUCAUAUUCAUCUUGGUCUUUGGUCUGACUGCGUCCCUCUCAGUGAAUGUGACAAUGUUCAGCACACUCAGGUUUUUCGAAGGAUUUUGCCUGGCUGGGAUAAUCCUCACCUUGUUUGCUUUGCGAAUCGAACUCUGCCCUCCCAGCCGUCGGUUCAUGGUCACCAUGGUGGCCAGCUUUGUAGCAAUGGCCGGUCAGUUCCUCAUGCCCGGCCUGGCUGCUCUCUGCGGGGACUGGCAAGUCCUGCAGGCCCUCAUCAUCUGCCCUUUCCUGCUGAUGCUUCUAUACUGCUCUAUCUUCCCAGAAUCCCUCCGGUGGCUGAUGGCCACCCAGCAGUAGGAGCCGGCAAAGAAUCUCAUAAUUCACUUCACCCACAAGAACAGGAUGAACACUGAGGGGGAUAUCAAAGGGGUCAUGCCUGAGUUGGAGAAGGCACUCUCUAGGAGGCCCAAGAAGGUCUGCAUUGUCAAGGUGGUGGGGACCAGGAAUCUGUGGAAGAACACUGUAGUGCUGUGUGUCAACUCGCUGACUGGGUUUGGAAUACACCACUGCUUUGCCAGGAGCAUGAUGGGCCAUGAGACCAAGGUGAUGAUCCUCAACAACUUCUAUGCUGACUACUAUACCAUGGCGGGCAUCGCCUUGGCUUCCUGCCUGGCCAUGUGCCCAUUUGUUAGGUUCCUGGGGCGCAGGGGUGGCCUGCUACUCUUCAUGAUCCUAAAGGCACUGGCCUCUCUUCUGCAGCUCGGCCUCCUCAACCUGAUUGGAAAAUACAGUCAUCAUCUAGACUCAGGGAUGACUGAAAGCAUCAGGGAGAAAUUCUCCACCACAUUUUCCAUCAUCGGUAUGUUUGCCUCCCAUGUGGUGGGAAGCCUCAGCGUUUUCUUCUGCGCAGAGAUCACGCCGAUGGUGAUACGGUGUGGAGGUCUGGGCCUGGUGCUGGCCAGCGCUGGGUUCGGCAUGAUGACCGCCCCCAUCAUGGACCUCCACAACCAGAAAGGCUACUUCCUACACCAUGUGAUCUUCGCCUGCUGCAUGCUCAUCUGCAUCAUUUGCAUCCUCCUCCUGCCCGAAAGCAAGAACCAAAACCUCCCCGAAAACACCUUCAACGGUGAACACUACACCAGGCAGCCCCUCCUGCCCCACCAGAGGGGCGAGCAGCCCCUUCUGCCCACCACCUCAGAACUCAAGGAUUACUUGGACCUCCACGAUGUGGUUGCUAUGGGCGAUCGGCUGCCUGACAACACCACAGUCAAUGGUGUCAGAUCCAUGUAAACCCCUCCCCACACUCCCACGCCCCCACCACCACGGCUUGUCCAGGCAAGAAUGGGGAGAACUUUGGGUUUGGAUGAUGAUUAUUAUUUUUUAAUCCUUUUUGCACAGGUUUACAGACCAAUGAUGGAAAAGAUUGUUGGUGGGAGAGGGGAAAUUCAACCCUGCUGCUAAAGCCAUUAAAUAAUGGUAGGAGAUUGACGAGAAGCAUGGAAAGAUUUCAGCUUUUUCCAAAAGCAAACAUAACGCAAUUGAGAUGAAACUUGCUAGAGAUGACCCAUCAAAGACUUUCAUCUCUGCCAUUAAAUGUUUUUAUUUUGGUCAUUUUCACAAGAAGCACUUUACAUCCUUUUCCUCUCAUUGAUCACUAAAACGAAGACAUCAGCUCGUGAGGAGAGGCUUGGCCAUUCCCAGGAAGACCCUUUUCUUAAAAAAAACAAGACCCAUGAGAGGGCUAUCUGCUGUAAAAGACCACCAGAUAAGUGAGGAGUUACUUGCUCCCCAAUCUUAAAAAAAGCUCAAUUCCCCCACGUCUCUUGCUGUGAGCGUGUAGCAAAUACUAUCGUGAAUCAAAAACUGUGACUGCAUUUUAAACCAGAGUAAAAUGUAAAAUUAAGGUUUCAAUAGUGAUUCUG